AUGACUCGUGGUUCGAGUCUCGAAGACGACUUUCGAGCUAUCAUUGAUGAUCACACGCUUAGCGAUCUUAGAAUCAAAUGUUCUGACAAAGUAAUCAUUCGUGGCUGCCGUAUAAUUCUUGCAGCUCGCUCCGAUUACUUCAAUUCUCUGUUAUAUGGUAAAAUGCGCGAAGCUGGACAAGAUGAAAUCGAACUCCCAAAAAUCGAUUCCAAAACUAUGAGAAUAAUCUUGGAGUAUAUAUAUACCGGUGGACUUGAUAAUCCAAUAGAGUCGACAUCGGCUUUAAAUGAUUUAAUUGAAGCAUACUCCGCUGCUGAAUACUUACAAUUGCAAGGACUAAAAAAUGAUAUUUUGCUAGAUUUUCAGGAAGCGACGAAUAAAGCUCCUGAGGAGACUUUUUCUCCAGAAUUGUUAUCCAGUGCAAUAGAAAAGCUAUCACCAACCGCAGACCCGAACCCGCUUACAGAUGUGCUGGCCGAGGGUGUCUCAAAGAUGCGGUUGGAGGGUAUUCCUUUUGAAAAAUUCUCAACUUUAGCUCUUAUGUACCUUGUUCGUUAUUGUAAGGAGAGAGAUAAGCCAUUGGCGAAAAAUCAAUACAAUUUGUUCAGAUAUAUCACUUUGCACACAGCGAGCAAAGUUUCCCAAGAGGCAUUAGAAAGAUUUGAGUAUUGUCUUCCACCACUGGAGAAGACCAAUGUGUCCGUUUACCCCGAACGUCUAGAAGAUUUGAAGUCAGUUCAACUAGAAAAUACUGAAUUGCAUCGCAUCUUGGAACACGUUGACUUUACAUCAAUUAAUGGCAAGAUAUUGGUGGAUAUCAUUGAACCAUUGGAAGUGGUACCUUAUAAAAUUCUCCUUGGCGCCUAUAGACACAAGGCAAAGAAUGAGGUAGUUUUGGAGGAGAAAAAGGUUUUGAUGGAAUUCACAUGGGACCGCAACUUCUGUGGACCAAAUUUAGUCUCCGCUUCUAGCGAUAUAAGAUAUAACGAACGCGUGCGUGCCAUACAACCAAUUGAAUCCGGAAUACACAAUUGGGAUGUCAUCAUCGAGGCACCUAGUACAUCAGAUUGGGUUGGCGUAUGCGGCGAAGGUGACGUUAUCAACUUUAGUUGCGAUGAUUAUAAUUCAAAAGUAUGGAUAUUAGGAUCUACCGGUCAUGUGAGUAAUAACGCUCAGCAAAGACCCUAUGGAACCCCACCAUUUGGAAGGAACACAAAAGUGACAGUGCAUUUGAACAUGUAUGAUAGAUCAUUGGCAUUUUCAGUUAAUGAUGUAAGGUAUCAAUCGGUAUUAGAAUGGAAAAAUUUGCCAUCAAAAGUAUACCCCCUGGUUUCGAUGAGGCAUAAUGGAAGAUUUAGGAUUCAUAGCAACAAUUAA